CGAAGUCAACUAUCACCUGCAAACUUAAUUACUUGCUUCCUUUUAUAAUGGGAAUUAACGGGCUUUUACCCUUUUUAAAAGAUGCUUUGCGGGAAGGACACCUUGAGGAAUAUUCAGGACAAACUAUAGCGGUGGACGCGUAUGUUUGGCUCCAUAAAGGAUCCUACAGUUGUGCUUUGGAACUUGCGGAGGGGAAAGCCACGAAUAAUUAUGUUCAGUUUUGUAAAAAAAAAAUUGACCUUCUUCUUCGUUGCGGUGUCCAGCCUUACUUGGUGUUCGACGGUCAGCUUUUACCUGCAAAGAUGAAUACAGAAAAAGAGCGUGAAUUAAAAAGAUCUAAAAGUAAAGAAGAAGGAUUUCGUCUACUGAAAAGAGGGCAGAAAAGUGCAGCUUUUCAGCGCUUUCAAAAGUGUAUUGAUGUGACUCCCAAAAUGGCCUUUGAAGUAAUAAAGUUGUGCAAGCGCUUAGGAAUCCGUUAUGUGGUUGCUCCCUACGAAGCAGAUGCGCAGUUGGUUUUUUUAGUUAGCAACGGGCUUGCCUCUGCAGCCUUAACUGAAGAUUCUGACUUGAUCCCUUUUGGUUGCGAGACUAUACUUUUCAAACUUAAUAACACUGGGGACGUUGUAGAGUACAAAAGAGAACGACUGGUUCAAGUAACAAGUAACGGAGUUCGAUUCACAAACUGGUCGAUGGAGAAAUUUCGGCAGAUGUGCAUUUUAGCCGGCUGCGACUAUCUCCGUUCUUUGCAGGGAAUGGGCAUCAAGCGUGCUUAUGAAUUGUUUUCUCGCUAUGAAACUGUAGAAGAGGUGGUGCGGUUCUUAAGACUAUCUAGCAAGUGGAACGUCCCUGAAGAUUAUCUUCAAAACUUUCACAAAGCAGAAGCAGCUUUCAGGCACCAACGUAUUUACGACGUUUCCCUCCAGAAAGUCGUUCCGCUUACAGAUUUUGAAGGCGGCACUUGUGAGGAAGUUAUCAGUAAUUUUAUCGGCCCAGAACUGGACGCCGGCGUGGCCUACCAAAUCGCCAUCGGAGAUUUGGAUCCGAUCACUUAUAAAACUUAUCAAUUACACACAACUAAUUGUAGGAAUGAACGCCUGACUAUUGAUAUAACACCAAAAAAUAAGAAGGAAUAUAAAAUCUUAGCAAAACUGAAGCCUCAAGGAGACACUUUGCACAGAUUUUUCGACUCUAUUGAUGAAACUAAUGAUCAGGAGCAGUUGCCACUUACAAAAAAUUCCCCUUUUAAAAAAGACUGUGUCCUUAAUUCAGAUUCCAGACCCUAUAAAAAAACACUGACUCACAAGAUAAAAGCACAUGAAGCAGAAGAAAAGAAAAACAGUGUAACGCCUUUAAAGAACCUACAAUCCAAGCUUGACGAGAGCCCCCGCCUGAAUGACUCUUUGCUGAGGCACGUGGUAGAUUACUCUUUCAACACUUGCACUCCUGCGGCGGGCCAAAAAAGGAAGCGUCUCACAAUUGGUCUGGCCAGAAUGAAAAAAGAUCCAGUGACUUCACAGGACACAGCGGCCUCGAGAGAGUUUAGCGCUUUGUUAACCCGUUUUGCUUACAGACGAUCUUGAAGAGCAAAGUAUUUACUCACUGAAACUUUUAGAAAAGAAACCCGUUAUAACACUUAUAGUACUAACGCUACAAGCUAAAUCAA